AUGGAUAGAUUUUUAAAAAGAAAAACUGACGAGCCAGCUAUCGAAACGUCAGGUACAAAAAAUCAGAAAACAAACUCCUGGCCGAGUAAGACUCGUAGGUAUGAGGCAGCAUACAUAAAGUAUGGAUUUACCGUCACGCAGAAGAACGGACACGAGUGCCCCAAAUGCGUUCUUUGCUGCGAAAUCCUCUCCAACGAAUGCUUAAAACCAUCAAAACUUCAACGUCACCUGAACCAGAAGCAUCCAGCAGAGGCCGAAAAACCAAUUGACUUUUUUAAAAGAAAGGAAGAACAUUUGACCAGGCAGUCAGCGACAUUUGUGCGGCAAGCUACUGUCCCUGAGAGAGCACUGAGGGCAUCGUUUUGGGUUUCCUUUCACAUUGCGCGAGCUAAGAAACCGCACACAAUUGGGGAGGAUUUGAUACUACCAGCUACCAAAGACAUUGUUAAAGAGCUUCUGGGUGAGGAUGCUGCCAAGCAAAUUGACGCCGUACCGCUCUCUGAUAACACGGUGAGCAGACGUAUUGGCGACAUGGCUGAGGAUAUGUCUGCUCAACUGUUGGACCAGGUGAGAGCUAGCGAAUUUUUUGCACUGCAGCUAGAUGAAAGUACUGAUGUCGCUAACGCUGCCGAGUUGCUUGUGUACAUAAGAUUCAUUUUCCAAGAAAUGUUCGUCGAGGAAUUACUGUUUUGCAAAGCACUUGAAAGUAGAACCACCGGGAAAGACAUUUUUCAAGUGCUGGACGAAUAUAUUAAUUCAAAUGGACUUGACUGGUCUCGUUGCGUGGGUGUGUGUUCUGAUGGGGCCGCGGCUAUGACUGGGAAGAACAGUGGGGUGACGGCUCUCAUCAAACAGAAGGCCCCGAAUGCCGCGUUCACGCACUGUAUGCUCCAUCGAGAAGCACUGGUGGCUAAACGGUUGGAUGAUGAGCUUAAUCAGGUACUACAGGACAUAAUACAAGUAGUAAACUUCAUUAAAGCACGCCCCUUGAAACACAGGCUAUUUGCUCUUCUGUGUAAAGAAAUGGGAGCCCGUUUUGAUGGACUGCUGCUUCACUCAAACGUACGCUGGCUUUCACGGGGGGCAGUUUUGAGCCGUGUGUAUGAAUUGCGGAGUGAGGUCGCAGAAUUUCUCUUGUCUGAAAAACAUCAGCUGGCUGACCGUUUUAAAAAUGAAGCCUGGAUUCUCAAACUUGCAUAUAUGGCUGACAUUUUUUCUCAUCUGAAUGUGCUUAACCAAAGCAUGCAAGGGCGUGACACAUACAUAGUGCAUAUGCAAGACAAAGUGCGUGCUUUUUGCCUGAAGAUUACGCUGUGGUCAAACAAGCUCAAGGAGGGAAUUACAGAAAUGUUCCCACUAUUACACCAAGAGCUGCUGUCAUCUGGUGGUGAGAUGGACACCAUUUCUCCACUGAUACAAUCCCACCUGGAGCACCUCCAGGGAUAUUUCAGAGACUAUUUCCCUGACCUUGACAGCACCCAUCUAAACUGGGUAAGAAACCCAUUUGCCCCUGAUGUAGGAUCUUGUCUGGACUUAAAAUCACAGGAGGAGCUGAUUGAGAUGAUUUCUUCAUGGGAUUUAAAAAUGAAAUUUGAGACUCUUUCCCUCUCUAACUACUGGAUGUAUGUAAAAAAAGACUUUCCCAUCCUAGCUGAGAGUGCUCUGAAAUGCCUUCUUCCUUUUGCAACCACUAAAAGUACUUAA